CAAUGAGAACAAUUAUGUCAUCAACGAUGAUAAAGAACCUGAAGACAAUGAAGAAAAGUUUGAUAACUUUGGUUCAUUACCACAAUCAAAUAAACUAAAAGUAAUAAUGGAAAUAUUGAAGUAUUGCACUCCUAGCGAAUGUCAGUAUUUUGACGACUUUAAAGACUUCUUUACGGACAAAAAUAAUAAAUCUGAAAAAGAUUUAUUAAAAGAAAUUGAAACUCUAAAGAAAGAGGUUCUUAAGAUGGAGAGGUUCAACUCAUACUUAAAAAGAAAAUUGGACGAAGAGAUGGAAAUUAAUGAGUCACUACUAGAAGAAAACGAUGAAUUAAAAAAUCAAUUUAUGAAAUGCAAAAUAUGUCUCGAAGAAUCAGUCACACAUUGUUUUUCGCCAUGCAACCAUUUAGUAGCAUGUGAAAAUUGUGCAAAUAAACUUGAAAUUU